GCAUCUAUGCCUCGCACCUUUUACUUUUUCUUUUUCAUUUUCCCUCCUUCCUUUCUUCGAUCUUCCCAAACAUGAAUUUAUAAUCUAACGUCCAAGAAAAUUCGCAUCCUCUCACUGUCAACGACAGGCAGGCCAUGCACACGUCGACCCUGGCUUCUUCCUUCAAAACUCAGCCACCCCUUUUCCACCAUCCAUUGCAGUUUUCCACACGACUUCCAGAAACCCUUUUCCCCAUAUUUGUUUUCCUCUCCAUUAUCAUCACCACCAAAAACUCCUUUUCUUCGUCCCUACACACUAUUCCAAUUCAAACUUCUUGCAAUAUAAUAUCAUAUCCUGCCACUAUAAAUUGAACCCAAUAUCGAUCAGUUACCUCCAAGCUUGCAAUAUUAAUUUCCCAAACGGAGACAGAAGAAAUACGAUGAUGACUAGCGGGCCCUGUUUCCGUUUGGGAACAAAUGCUGUGUUUUCCUUCUGUGCAGUGGUUUUGGUAUGGGGCUCUUUAGUGGCGAAAGCGCAGUUGAAUGAUACUUUUUACGACAGCACUUGUCCGAACGCCACGAGCAUUGUGCGCCAAGUGAUCUCCAACGCCUUGUCGUCGGAUCCCCGCAUCGGCGCCAGCCUCAUCCGUCUCCAUUUCCACGACUGCUUCGUCAAUGGCUGUGAUGGAUCGCUACUGUUGGACAACUCGAGCACUAUAGUGACAGAAAAAGAUGCAAUUCCAAAUGUGAACUCAACUAGGGGAUUUGAUGUGGUGGAUAAUAUUAAGGCUGCGUUGGAGAGUGCUUGUCCUGGCAUAGUUUCCUGUGCUGAUCUUCUAGCUAUUGCUGCAGAAGCAUCCGUUAAUUUGGAUGGAGGUCCGUCAUGGAAAGCACUUCUGGGAAGAAGGGAUGGGACAACAGCAAACGUAACUCUAGCCAAUAGUGCACUUCCAGGUCCCAAUGAACUCCUUUCUUCAAUCGAGGCCAAAUUUGUAGCAGUAGGCCUCAACACUACCGACGUCGUCGUCUUAUCUGGGGCCCACACAUUCGGGCGAGCAAAGUGCAGUACCUUCGUGACCCGACUGUACAAUUUCAACGGCACCGGCAGCGCCGACCCGACCCUGAACACAACCUACCUGCAGACGCUCCAGCAGCUGUGCCCGAACGGUGGAAACGGGAGCGUCCUGGCGAAUCUGGAUCCCACCACGCCCGACCUCUUCGACUUCAACUACUACUCCAACCUCCAGCUCGGCAACGGCCUCCUCCUCAGCGACCAAGAGCUCUUCUCCACCACCGGACGCAACGAUACCGCCGCCCUCGUCAACUCCUUCGCCGCCGACCAGAACACCUUCUUCAACGCCUUCAUCGUCUCCAUUAUUAAAAUGGGCAACAUUAGUCCGUUGACGGGCACCUCCGGAGAGAUCCGAUCCAACUGCAGACAGGUUAACGGAGCCUCACUGGGAUCCUAUUCUUCGUCCGACGAUGAUGUCCUGGUCAGCUCUAUUUAAAUGUCGAAAAAGAGAAGAAAGAUUAUAUAUGUGAAUGGUGUUUUGUUUCUUUUGUGUUACAAUAAAAGUGACGGACAAAACUACAAUAAUAUAAGUAUUUUAAUUUUCAUUUGUGAAGAA